CCUUUGGAGUGAGUAGUGCUAACCCAGUUCCAAACGCAUCUCUAGUCUCGACUAUCUCAGAACAGACAAGGACGGAAUUAUGCGCCCUCUCUACAUAUAUUCGUGCCUUGUCAUUGAAAGAAUCGGUCUUUAACCUAAUGCUAGAAUACGAGAGCGAUGGGCAACCAGCCAAAAACCAAUCAGCUGAAGAUGAGAUUGUAGAGAAAGUAAAGGAUGCAUGCACAGUAAGCAAUUCGUUGUCGUUGAUCGGUGAUGGGGAAUAUGCAGCUGCUCUUCGGCAAAACGAGUGCUCCCUAAAAACUUACGCCCGCCUCUUGGACACAGUCCUAGAAACAGAGCAAAAUUUGUCGUUUAACGUCACAUUGACAGGAAAGAUCCUAGACGUGAAGACACAUAUACUCAAUGUCUGUUCCUUGCUUUUUCAAUGGGUUGAAAUCCUACAACCAUCAUUGCCGACUUCGACCCUUACGCCGACAUCACCGACAUCAACAUCCUUCCCUUCAUUAUCAAUGACUCAACCGCCUUCAAAUAACUCCCAUUUGGACUUGCCGGCCUUGGGCGAGUACGGCUUUGAGAUCGUGGAAGCCUUAAAGACAUACGUCGAUUCGAUUUUGAUCAGGGAUGUCUGUUUGGUAAAAAACAAAGGUAGACUAGUCAUGACUGAUAAGCGUCAUUGUUUCUAAUGGUUCCAAAAACACCUUGAUAAUUAUUUUUAUUAUUGUAUUUAUUUGCACCAUGAGGAUAAAUAUAUAAAGUCAUAUAUUCGUGCAUGCUUGUAAAUCAUGUAUCACCGCCAA